AUGGGCGUGGCGCUGCGGGAUGCGGGCGGGGCCGCGCGGACCCCCGGGGUCGGAGCGGGAUGUGCGGGGCGCCGUGCGGGGCAGCGCCCGGCAGUGGACCACCGCGUCACGGAGAGCCGCGGGCCACGGAGGUCCCGCUCUGAGGACAGCCCCGCACCGGGCUCGGGGAUCCGUCCCCACGCGGUGCCCCGCACCCCACGCCCGCACCCCGUGGCACGGCCCCGCCCCGUCCCCCGCACGCCGCCCCCGGCCCCGGGGACCGCCCGUUGCCAGGAGCAGCCCGCAGCCGUGAUCGCGGCACCGCGCUCUGUGGGAGGCUGCGGACCCCCCGGCCACGCCUCACCAUGCGCGGCCCCGGCGCGGUGCUGUCCCGCCGCUGGGGCUCCGCCGAGUCCGGCACCGACACCGGACGCGGACAGCGGUGAGCCGGGCUCCCCUUUCCCCGGCCACGAUGUGGGGCGAUGUGACGUGGGGCGGGAAGGCGCAGCAUCUUGGUGCGAUGUCAGCGCCCCGACCGCCCCGCUCCCUCCACCCAGCAGCACCGCCGAAGCCCGGGGAUGGAUCCUCGACCCCUCCGGGGAGCGCUACUACUGGUGGCUGAGCGCCAUGGUGCUGCCCGUGCUGUACAAUUGGGUCGUGAUCAUCUGCAGGUGCUGCUUCACAGCGGUGCAGGAGCGGCACGCAGCGCUGUGGCUGAGCCUGGAUUGUGUCAGCGAUGCACUGUACCUGCUGGACAUCAGUGUGCGUCUGAACACCGGGUUCCUGGAGGAGGGCAUCCUGGUGCUGGAUCGGGAGCGCAUCCGGCACCGCUACCUGCGCUCCAGCAGCUUUCUUUGGGACGUGGCCUCAGUGCUGCCCAUCGAGCUGCUGUGCCUGCGCCUGCGCUCAGCCCUGCGUUCCAACCGCUGCCUGCGCGCCCCGCGGCUCUUAGAGGCCUUCGAGCGCCGGGAGACGCGUACAGCUCACCCCCACGCCUUCCGCAUCGCCAAGCUGAUGCUCUACGUCUUCGUGGCCAUCCAUUGGAACGCCUGCCUCUACUUCGCACUGUCCUUGCACCUGGGGCUGGGCUCUGAUACCUGGGUGCACCCCAAUGGGAGCCAGCCCGGUUUCGCACGCCCGCUGAGGCAAUACCUGCACAGCUUCUACAUCUCCACCCUCAUCCUCACCACCGUGGGUGACACACCGGAGCCGUGCCGCGAGGAGGAGUUCCUCUUCAUGACGGCCGGCUUCCUGCUGGCCGUACUGGGCUUCGCCACCAUCAUGGGCAGCAUGAGCUCUGUCAUCGCCAACAUGAGCGCAGCCGACGCUUCCUUCUACCCGGAGCAUGGCCCGGUGCGGCGCUUCCUGCGGGCUCACGGCGUGGCAGGGCGGUUGGUGAGACGUGUGGCUGCGUGGCACGAGCACCUGCGUGCACAGCGCAAGCUGGCAGAGGAGCACGUCGUGCUGCGGCACCUGCCUGAGAGGUUGCGUGCCGAGGUGGCUGCCAGCGUGCAUCUACCAGCACUGAGCAAAGUGCGGCUGUUCCAGAGCUGUGAGCGUGGUGUGUUGGAGGCGUUGGUGCUGCGACUGCGCCCUCAGGUCUUCGGGCCCGGAGAGUUCAUCUGCCGGCGCGGUGAUGUGGGCCGUGAGAUGUAUUUCAUCCGAGAGGGGAAGCUGGAGGUGCUGGGAGCUGAUGGUGUGACGCAGCUCGCCGUGCUGGGAGAGGGGCUCUACUUCGGAGAGAUCAGCCUCAUCAACAUCCCCGGGAACCGCUCGGGGAACCGGCGCACAGCUGACAUCCGCAGCAUCGGCUACGCAGACCUCUUCUGCCUGGCCAAGGAGGACCUGGCGGAGGUACUGACUGAAUUCCCCAGUGCCCGAGCGCUGCUGGAGGCCAAGGGCCGUGAGAUCCUGCUGCGUAUGGACAAGCUGGAUGUGCAUGCCGAGGCGGCAGCGGCAGCAGCUCGGGAGGAGGCUGAGCAGCAAGUGCGGGUGCUGGAGGCGGCAUUGGAGGCUCUGCAGACACGAACGGCGCGGCUCCUGGCACAGCUGGAGUCCAGUGCCCUCAAACUGGCACUGCGCAUCGGGCGCCUGGAGAGCAGGGCGCAGCAGUGUGGCAAGUGGGGACAGGGGAAGAGCAGGAAGAGGAGUCCCAGCAGGCUGCAGCAUGCUGCAGGGGGAGGGGAGCCUGAGGGACAACCCACCAGAGCACAAAAUCCCACUAAGGCGCAGGGUCCCACUAGUGUACAGAGUCCCAGGGGGGCACAGGGUCCCACCACAGCACGAGGUCCCACUGGCAUAGCAGGUCCCACAGGGACACAUAGGCCCACCAGGGCACGGGGUUUUACUGGUGUAGGGGGUCCCAUUGGCACACAAGGUCCCACUGGUGCAUGGACUCCCUUUGGUGCACGAGGUCCCAUUGGCAUACGAGGUCCCACUGGUGUAGGGGGUCCCACUGGUGUAAGGGGUCGCAUUGGCACACGAGGUCCCACUGGUACAUGGGCUCCCUCUGGUGCACGAGGUCCCAUUGGCACACGAGGUCCUACUGGUGUAGGGGGUCCCACCAGGGGUCAGAGUCCCACAGGGGCACGGGGCACACAGCCCAGAGGCCGCUGGCACUGAGGGUCAGGGAUCUGCCUGGCUGCUGAGUUGCAAUAGCAGUGACAGGCGGUGCUUUGUGACAGUCGUUGCUAGGUAACAAUGACAACAGUUGCUAGGUAACCAUGACAACAACUGCUAGGUGAUGGUGACAAUAGUUGCUAUGUAGCAAAUAACAACAGUUGCUAAGCAACAGCAGUGGUUGUUGGUGAACGAGGAGCAUGGCAUUGUAACGGGGAUAGGAGAUGUAGGGAUGGGGCAGGAUGCAGAGCAGGAGUGGGGCAGGGGGGGCACAGGGCUGUGCCUGGGAGCACAGGAGGUGGGGACUGGGGGCUCUCAGCACAGCAGGACCAGGGACUGCAUUGGUCAGAGAGGGGUGGGGAUGGAAUGGAGAUGAAGAUGGGGAAAGGGGCACAAGGGCAGACUGAGAUGGGGGUGGGACAGGAAUGGAGUAGGACAGGAGGGGACAAGAAAUGGCAGGGUGGGAGGUGACAGAGAUGGGGAUGAGGGUAUGAACAGAUGGGAACAGGAACAGGGGUUUGGAUAAGGAUAAGGAGGGAAUGGCAGGGGUCAGAGAUGGGGACAAGAACAAGAGUAGGACCGGGAUAGGGAGUGAAAGGGGACAGGGAGGAGGGACAGCCCAGGGUGGAGAUGGGAUAGGAAUGGGUACAGGGAAGGAAAGGGAAGGAACAAGAAUGGGUGCAGAACAAGGAAGAGACAGUGAUAGAGAAAGGACAGGAAUGGGGAUGAGUAUAGGAAGGGAUGGAGACAGGGUUGGAACAGGUGUGGGACAUGAAUGGGAAUGGGGACAGCAACGAUGGGGAUGGGAUUGGGUGGGACAGGGGAGGCUGGAAGAGGGAUCGAGACAAGGAUGGGGAUGGGGAUAAGGGCGGGAACCACGGGUGACCCAGGGUGAGGAUGGGACAGGGAUGGGGAAGGGGAUGAGCGAGAGGGUGGGAAAGGGAGAGGACAAGAGAGGAAGGGAACGGGGACGAGAUGGGAUGAGGACAGGGAUGGUUCUGGGAACGGGAGGGACCGGGGUGAGGCCGGGACGGAUCCCCGCAGCCUCGGACGCGGCAGCAGAGGGAGCGGCCUCGCACCCCGGGGGACCCCGGCGCGGCCCCGGCUGGGAGCGGCCCAGCUGCAGCAAACAGAGUGGGGGGGCUGCGCAAACAGCGGCGGGGAGCGGCGGGCGGGGGCUGCUCAGGCACGGGGGAAU